AUGUUAAGGACUAGUAAAGUAUAUACUAAUCUCCUGCAGUUAUCGGCAAUCCGUUCUAUCACAACGCUGCAAACUCCAAUCCACAACCUUUCCAAUGUUGAAACCAUAAAUUCCUUAACAAAAAGUAUUACAUUAUUAGAUGAUAUCCUAAAUUCUUCAUCUCAUAAUAAGACUUUACUUUAUAAAAGUAAAUACAAGAGAACUCCUGAAUCCUUAUCAUCACAAGAAUCUACAAGAUUAGAACAUGUUGUAAAAAAUUUUCUUAUAGAUCAACAGAAAAAUGAAAUUACAAGCUCAAUUAAAGAGCAACUGUCUAAUCCAGAAAACAGACUAUCACAGCUAGGCUUACAAUUUUUUUUAGAAUGUAACCGAGGUAACCUAACACCUUUAAGCACUACUCUAUCUCGUUAUAUCUUAGAAGGGAUAAGGAAAAAUCCGACAACUGAUACGAUUAAACAUAUCCAUUUGUCCAUUGAAAUGAUUAGAAAGUUUAUUAAAGACAAUAGAGUUACGAAUAUCAAACCAAAGCAAAUUGAUAUACUAAUAAAAAAACUAUCGAAUUCUCAGAAGGAUUUUGAUACUAUCCAACAAAUCUUAAAACCAAUUGAUUACAAAAUAUACUCGGACACAUCUAUUAUUUUCCAAAAAGGGAAAACAAGAGAAGAUUCUAUUACUAUAUCAGAUGGAUAUCAAUUCCCAACCGGAAUUAUUCAAGGCAAUGAGCCAUAUCUAAGGUCAAUUGAUAUACCGAAAAAGAAACUAUUAUCUUUUAAUGACAAACCUCUACUGACUCUUGUCUACGACGGAUCAUUAGUAGAUGCAAGAUAUAUCUUACCUGCUAUAAAUUAUGCAACAAGGGAAAGUAAAUCAUUGCUAUUAAUUAUCAAUGGGAAUUGCUCUGGUGAUGCUAUUAAUGCAAUCAGUAUACAUAAUAAUAAAAACAAAAGACAGAAUAUUGAUUCAAAAGUGAUUGUAAUGAAAUAUGAUGAAUCCUCAUUUAAUGGUAUCUCUAUUCAAGAAAAUUCAAAGCUAUUAGAGUUUUUGAAAUUACCAAAAGGCAUUGAGAGUAUUUAUUCCCCAACAUUUAGUCCUACAAUUCCUAGUAAAGUUAGCAGUCGAGAUUAUUUUGGUGAACUUAAAUCGAUGAAAUGUACUGUUGGCGAAGCUAUUCUUUUUAAUGAUAUUAAAUUAAAUCAUGAUUGCUCAAAGUUAGAUAAUUUUCUGAAAAAAACAAUUACGGUAAACUUAGGUGGUGAUAGCCAAUUUGAAAUUAAUAGAAGAAUCGAGUCAAUGGAUAACUUAGUAAAUAACUUUCUUCUAAAUGGUUUAAAAGAUGGGUUUGUUCCCAGUCAUGGAAAUUUCAUUAUUAAAAGCAAUUCAUUUGUUACAACAGGAGAAAAUAAAAGACCAAAAACUUUCAAAAAUAACUUGCUAUUUGAUGCAUUAAUCAGUGCUUUAGCAAUCCCUUCUAAAAAUGCUCUGAUAAAUAGUCAAGGUUUGAAUUCUAUUCAAGUAGCAGAAAUGUCAAUGAAGACUUCCGUUUUCGAUGGAUUUUUCAAUGCUUGCCUGUCCCAUGAAGAUCAUGCUUUACAAGAUGUUAGACAACUUGGUAUACUGGAACCGUGGAACAAGAUGGACGAGACUCUUUACAAUGUGAGUACUAUGAUUCGGUUACUUUAUAGUUGUAGCACGAUUAUAUCAGGGAUAUUUGAGAAGCCCAAGAAAAGAUAA